UCUUAUGGGAUGAGAGUAAAAAUGGAAAUUCUGAAAUAUUAUUUAUUUAUCCUUCAACCAAAAAAUUGUAAGGUUUGCGUUGAACACUUAUCGAGGGAAAUAGCAUUUUUCACACAAGAGGAAUUAAAAUAAAACCCUUCUUAUCUAAAUCUAAAUUCAUAUUUGGUGGAUCACAAUUUUAUUUCAUAAAAGCAUUUUUGCAUUUUGGGGUUAGGUUUAGUCGAAGAGCAGUUAUAAUAUAUGGAGUAUAUACUUUGUAUAAUACUUUAUAAUAUAUAAUAUAUGGGUAUAAAGCGUACCUCAGUAAAUAUUUAUAUAUCUAAUCCUUAAUCAGGAUGAAAAUUACCCAUUUAAAAAGCAUAAAUUUUCGUGAAUUCUAGUUCUUAACUAGUAUCCUGUAUCAUUAACAUUUUUUAACCGCUGCCAAUACAAAUAUUUUUUUUAAUUUUCAGAUAAAGAUGUCGCUCGGAUUGAAAGGGGUGGUACAAGCUGAAGCCUUCUCCUCGGUGAAACUUGGACUGAAGCCUGGAGGAACUCCAAAUCUAGUUUUAACCCCCUCUACCUCCUCCAACCCUACCCGGAGUAAACAACCCUGCUCUCCGUACCACCAGUCUACUCCUUCUAGGUCAUUACAAGCCAGCAAUGCGUCAGCACUUCUUGGAACUCCCAUUUCAGGACGGAAAGACACAGGUCUAGACCGACCAGGAACUCCUUUUGGUCGAUCCUCACCCUUCGCUUUUCUUCAUCGCCUCACACCCAGUAGGAGGAAUUCCUGGUCUGCGAAUACUCCUGAGUGUGCUAGGGACCUUGAAUGGUGUAACUAUGUUGAUUGUAACACACCAAGGAGUCGGGCACGCUGGGAGUUUAAAUCUCCCCUGAAGGGUAGCCCAGCCAAGAGACUGUUCUCUUGGGGGUGGGAAGGAGAGUUUAAUGAAUCUUUAGAUGUAGAUUCGGAUUCAGAGGUGUUUGAAGAAGGAUAUAUACCGUUGACUGAUCUGAAUUCUAGGGUGACUCAUAUGCUGCACAUUAGAGACUUCGAAUCCCUGCCCUCAACCUUAUAAACCAUGAUUGAUAUGUAUACUGUAUAGUUUAUGUUUAAGUAAUAUUUAUACUUUUAUUUGUAGUAAUUUUUAGCCAAGGUCAAUUUAUAGAUUAUCAUGUGGAUUGACCCUGAUCUGACCCCCCUUCACAACAGUGCCCAUGUAACCCAUAUCUUACAAUUUAUGCGGGGAAAAUAAUCGUUGUUUUUCUGUUAUGGACAUGGGAAAUAUCUCUUUAUUUCCAUUUUUGUCUUUCCUGCAUAAUUCCGAAAAAUCCUAUAAAUUGGAUCCUAAUUUAUUAAGAAGUACAAAUAGAUAAAACCAAAGAUACCACAAUGAUAUGUUUAGACUACGGUCUAGAGGGUACUGUUGUUAAGUCGGGCAUGUCACUUUAUAUUUUGAGAAAUACCACAAUUUACGCCAACAGUCCCUUGAACCCGAUGUUGUUUUGUGACCGGACAGAAGGAACCCAUUAUUUUAUUCUAGCGACGAUGUCCCAGAAAAUAAUCUCAAUUGUUUCAGA